AGUACUUUUUUAAUGUUGCUGACGAGACGCUCGCUCAAGCAUCGGUGACCGUACAUUUACGAAUGGACGGCAUGAAUUUCACAUCAAACCAUAUUCUAACUUGUCCGAAUCCUUUCAACGAAUGCUUAUUUUUACAAGGCUAUUAGAACGUUGUACAUAUAGUUCAGUUUAGCCGUGUGUAGCAUAGACAUGGCGUCUUGAGCUAUGUGAAAAUGGCUCUAUAACACGGUGUUGUGAAGGGCGCGGUCCAUUCAACAAGGAGCUGUGGACACCAGCAGGCAGGAUGGAGGAGAAGAAACGCAACAUCCGGAUCAUUGAAUGGGAGGACCUGGACAAGAAAAAGUUCUACUCCCUGGGUGUGUUCAUGACCAUGACCACCAGGGCCACAGUCUACCCGUUCACCCUCAUCCGCACCCGGCUGCAGGUGCAGAAGGGCAAGUCCCUCUACACAGGCACCUUUGACGCCUUCUACAAGAUCCUGAAGGCGGAGGGCCCGCGAGGCCUCUACCGAGGCUUUAUGGUUAACACCUUCACCUUGAUCUCAGGCCAGGCCUACAUCACCACCUAUGAACUGGUAAGGAAGUACGUGUCCCAAUAUUCCAGCAAUAAUACAGUGAAGUCUCUGUGGGCAGGGGGAGCGGCGUCCCUGGUGGCCCAGACCAUCACUGUGCCCAUAGAUAUGGUCUCUCAGCAGCUCAUGAUGCAAGGCCAGGUGGGACACCUGAGCCGCUUCAAGGUCAAACCCAAAAUAAUGAUGGCGACAUCCAAGAGCAAAGUGACUUUCGGACAAACCAGGGACAUUGUGGUGCAGAUAUGCGCCGCUGAUGGUUUCCGAGGAUUUUACCGGGGAUACGUGGCAUCCCUCCUCACCUACAUCCCCAAUAGCGCGGUGUGGUGGCCUUUUUAUCAUUUUUAUGCAGAGAACCUUUCCAAACUAGCCCCCAGUGAUUGUCCUCACCUGCUUCUGCAGGCUAUCGCUGGGCCAAUGGCAGCAGCCACAGCCUCCACCAUCACCAAUCCCAUGGAUGUUGUGCGGGCCAGAGUGCAGGUGGAGGGCAGGUCAUCGGUCAUUGCAACCUUCAAGCAGCUGCUGGCAGAGGAAGGACCCUGGGGGAUGACUAAAGGGUUGUCUGCCCGCAUUAUCUCCUCCACCCCCACGGCCGUGGUCAUCGUGGUAGGCUACGAGACCCUCAAGAGACUGAGCCUGCGCCCUGAGCUGGUCAACUCUAGACACUGGUAAAUACCAGAGGGACAACCAGGGACAGACCCGGGCUAGACUGGGCCAGGUAGCCAGGGACACUGUCAAACACAGACAAAACAUGGCUACCUGGUCUCCCAUAUUGCCGAUUCGGUUUGCCUUUGAAAAAACUGUUGCCUUUAUGUUUUAAUGUGAGGUUGAUGGAUUUUAUCAUGCUGUUUGGGCAGAGGAAUUAUGAUUCAUACCUUUUUGUUUUCAGGGAGUACAACUGUAGAUAUUGGAACUUGUCAAUUAGAGGUAUGGAUAAAAAUGUGUGCAUUGUUGCAGCAGAGUAAGUAAAUUAAAGUGUAAUUAAUAUGGAGAGUCGUGUAAUUUACCAAUUAUAAGGCUUGGUAAAUUUGACACUGGGUUAAACUGGUUUUCAAAAUGGACUCUCACAAACCCUCUGUUGCCCUUAAAAAAUUGUGUUUGUUAACUUUAAAUGGUACAUGUUUGUCAGCUUUGUAUUGUUCAUGUAUUCACCCAAUGGUUGCGUUUCACUGGCAAAGGUAAUGUAGACAACCCUGCUGAGACCCUGUCAACAGGGCAGGUUAUUACAUUCAACAAACAAGUUCUCUUCCUUUGGUGAGAAAGUACCAGGGCUAUGUUGAAUAAGAGCAGAACUGCUCUCUAUUGUACCCUUUUUCUCUGAAUAUGAUGUGUAAAGCAAGUUAUUCAAGUAGGCUUGGGAAACACUAUGGCAUGGUAAAAUUACUGGUGCUUCCUCAACACAUCUCAAUUUAAAAAUAGUACGACCUAUUCCUGCCCUCAAUGCUUGUGGACUGUUGGGAAUAGUACACUAUAUACAAAAGUAUGUGGACACCCUUUCAAAUUAGUGGAUUGGACUAGUUCAGCUCUACCAGUUGCUGACAGGUAUAUCAAAUUGAGCACACCGCCAUGCAAUCUCCAUAGACAAACAUUGGCAGUAGAAUUGCCUGAAGAGCUCAAUGACUUUCAAUGUGGUACUGUCAUAAGAUGCCCCCUUAAAUUUCUAUCCUGCUUAACUGUAAGUGAUGUUAGUGUGAGGUGGAAACAUCUAGGAGCAACAGCUCAGCCGCAAAGUGGUAAGCCAUACAAGCUCACAGAAUGGGACCGCUGAAGUGCGUAGUGUGUAAAAAAUAAUCUGUCCUCGGCUGUAACACACUAUAAAGUUCCAUGCUGCCUCUGGAAGCAACAAAAUAACUUAGGCUUGUGUGCGGGUGCCCAUUUAUUUAACUAGGCAAGUCAGUUAAGAACAAAUUCUUAUUUUCAAUGACUGCCUAGGAACAGAACAUUUCAUGAAGC